CAUGUCCACUCUUUCCGGUGGUUCUCGUGAUCGAUGGACGUGUUCGGUGGUGGAAAGUUAAGGAUGUGGGCUAGGUUGAAGAAAACGCGCCGAUGUUGGUAUUCGUUGGUGAAGCGGCCUUUGUACACACGGUAGAUGUGUCUGGGGUGGCUGUUGGAGUACUGCUUUGUAAAGGAUUCCGGCUGCGCUGUCGGUGCAUGUCUUGUUCGUUGAGGAUGAUGUCUCUGUGGGACCUCUGCAUUUCAAGGUCUUUCCAUCUGAAGCCUUGUUCUUUGGACAGCGCUGUGGAAUGUUCUGAGCUGUGACAGUCUUAGGUGGCUUAUGAGGGUGUCGCACUCUUGCAGUAGCUCGGGACCUGCUGCAUGGUGGAUG